AUGUCUUUGUUUUUUUGUAUCCACAAAAACAUCCACACCAUCAUCCACACCACCAUCCACACCAUCACCCCACCACCCACCCCACCACCACUCCGUACCCCCAUUCCACACCACCAUCCAUACCAUCACUCCACACCACCAUCCACACCACCACUCCACACCACCAUUCCACACCACCAUCCACACCACCAUCCACACCACCACCACUCCACACCACCAUCCACACCACCAUCCAUACCACCACUCCACACCACCAUUCUACACCACCAUCCAUACCACCACUCCACACCACCAUCCUCACCACCAUCCACACCACCAUCCACACCACCAUCCCACACCACCAUCCACACCACCACCACUCCGUACCACCAUUCCACACCACCAUCCAUACCAUCACUCCACACCACCAUCCACACCACCACUCCACACCACCAUUCCACACCACCAUCAACACCACCAUCCACACCACCACCACUCCACACCACCAUCCACACCACCAUCCCACACCAUCAUCCACACCACUAUCCACACCACCAUCCCACACCACCAUCCCACACCACCACCCACACCAUCAUCCACACCACCAUCCGCACCACCAUCUGCACCACCAUCCCACACCAUCACUCCACACCACCAUCUGCACCACCAUCCGCACCACCAUCCAUACCACCAUCCACACCACCAUCCACACCACCAUCCACACCACCACCACUCCAUACCACCAUCCACACCACCAUGCAACACCACCAUCCACACCACCACCACUCCACAACCCCAUUCCACACCACCACUCAACACCACCAUCCGCACCACCAUCCCAUGCCACCAUCCACACCACCAUCCCACACCACCAUCCACACCACCAUCCACACCACCAUCCACACCACCAUCCACACCACCACCAUCCACACCAUCACUCCGCACCCCCAUCCACACCACCACCACUCCACACCACCAUUCCACACCACCACUCCACACCACCAUCCGCACCACCACCAUCCACACCACAACACCUCUUCUCCACUCCCACCAGGAUUCCAGAUCUAUAAUGUACUGUCUACGUGUAAAGAAAUGUGA